AUGCACAUCCAGUCGACUAUUGCUGACGAACAAUAUGUUUCCAAGCCUACAAGUAGCGGCGAAACCACCAAGCUCAUGCAUCCGUUCAUUACGGCACGAGAAAUCAAUCUCACCUCAACGAUCGCCCUGGACGCGUUGCCGAGCAGCGCAGUAAAUCAAGACAAUUCUCUCAACGCUUGGAGCUUACAAAUAACAGACUUCUCGAUGCUCGAAGACGAGAUGCAGGUGAUCGAUACGAUCGAUCAGAGCUACUGGAAUGGAAAGUUCGUGCCACCUCCGCCGAGACCGCCCUAUCUGGAGGAAUCCAUUGCCCCGGAUGGACUGACCACGUGUGACCUGUGCUCCUGGGCCUGGCAGGAUAAAGGAACAUUGUCUCUCGACGGAGCAAUAAAGGAAAUAUUCUCGUCGUCCGACACAAAGGAAUUUAACUGGACCUUUGCCCUGAUUGUGGUCUCACUCACGUCUGCCCUUCUCGGUGCCAUAAUAAUGAUAGUUUUUCUUAGAUGUAAAAGGCUUCGAACCAAUCAAAGUGGUCUUCGUACAUUGUGCUUCGAUUCCAGCAGCACAAAAGACACCAGUGGACUGAAUUUUGAUAACCAAACGUCUAAAAAUUCGACCAACGGGUCGUGUAGCCCUCGUAGUACAAAUUCCGGUCUUUGGACGUGGUUCAGUAGCCGCAAGAAUCUAUCGACGCCGGACCAGCUGGUUAAUUCCCAUACGCUACCGGUGGAGAACCACUACACGCACAUGGACGACAAUAACUACAAUCCGGUGCAGAUCGAUGAAGCAUCGUAUGCUGAAGUAGGAAAUGAAAUUGGACCCUCCGAAACUACCUCCUACAAGUCAGGUUCCGUACACCAUGGUACAGACAACGACAUUCUAAUCAUGAACUGUCCGCUCCCAGCAAUACCUUCCGGGUCGCAUAGUACCAGCGCUGGUGCAAGCGGUUCAGGUAGUGCGUACUACUCUGGAUUGCUGAACAACGCCAAUAUGGCAGGAACGGAAGAUGAGGACGAACGGCCGUACGAGAUCGUCGAUCUGAAGGAGAUGUCCUCGCCCCAUAAAAACCAUAACGUCCAAAGUCACUUCCUCAACGAAACGAACAAUCUAUUGACGAUCGAAAAACAUUCGGAGGCUCUACCGGAAGGUACGAUUAGUGCAUCAGACUAUGUUUGA